AGAAUGGGUGGUGCAAAUUCAUCACGGCAGCGUGAGCUGUUUGAAACCGCCAAGUCAUUCAGUUCGGUCGUACUCAGCAGCUCGGGAAUUACUGACGAAGAUGCCUUGGUGAUUGCCGAGGGUCUCAAGCAGAACAACCAUUUGCAGAUGCUUGAUUUGAGUGAUAGCCAGAUUGGCGACGCGGGAGCACAGGCGAUCGGAUUGGCACUUCGGAACAAGCCGACCCUAGGUUUCCUGAACUUGAGCGAGAAUAAGAUUGGUGAUGCAGGUGCUCGUGCCAUCGCUGAAGGCCUGCAGACCUCGACAACUGUGACUGAGCUCUGGAUGCGCCGCAAUCAAAUUGGUGACGAGGGAGCACAGGCGAUCGGAUCUGCGCUUCAAAAAAAGGCGAAUCUCUCUAUUCUGCACCUGAGCGAGAACAAGAUUGGUGACAUUGGAACUCGUGCCAUCGCCGAAGGCCUGCAGACAUCGACUGCUCUGACUCAGCUCUGGAUGUUUACCAAUCAAAUCGGCGACGCAGGAGCGCAGGCGAUCGGAUCUGCACUUCGGAACAAACCAAACCUGUCCAUUCUCCACUUGAGCUGGAACAAGAUUGGUGAUGCCGGAGCUCGAGCCAUAGCCGAAGGCCUGCAAACAUCGACUGUGUUGACUGAGCUCGGCUUGCAUUCCAAUCAAAUCGGCGACGCCGGAGCACAGGCAAUCGGAUCUGCACUUCAGAACAAGGCAAACCUGUCUGAGCUCUACAUGAACAAUAACAUGAUUGGUGGCACUGGAGCUCGUGCCAUCGCUGAAGGCUGUCAGACGUCUACUGCGCUGACUGACUUCAGGAUGCAGGCCAAUCUAAUUGGCGAUGCGGGAGCACAGGCGCUCGGACCUGCGCUUCAAAACAAGGCAAAUCUGUCCAUUCUCUACUUGAACAGCAACAAUAUUAGUGACACUGGAGCGCUCGCCAUCGCGGAAGGCCUGCACGCGAAGACUGCGCUGACUGAUUUCAGGAUGAGCAUCAACCAAAUCGGCGACGCGGGAGCACAGGCGAUCGGAUCUGCGCUUCGAAACAUGGCCAACCUGUCUAUUCUCUCCUUGGGCGAGAACAAGAUUGGUGACACUGGAGCUUGUGCCGUCGCUGAAGGCCUGCAGGCAACGGCUACGCUGACUCAGUUCGGGAUGUCAGCCAAUCAAGUCGGUGACGCUGGAGCACGGGCUAUCGGAUCUGCACUUCGGAACCAAACAAACCUGUCGAAACUGCAUCUGUCAGACAACCAGAUCUCCUCAAGUGCUGUUCAACUUUUAUCCCAAAGCCUUCCCACAAAUUGCGAGUUGGCGGCCGAGCGCCAGCGCAUCCCCGCUCAAGAUGCAAGAAAUUGAUAGUCUUGGGGCGAGAGGCGGAAUCAGAGGAGCGACUUACCCGAACAGAUCAACAGCGUUAUUCACUUGAGCUCGCUGGAGCAAAGGAGGAAAGGGAGGGGA